AUGAUUCAUUACAUUCUUCGAGCACUCUUCUUCCUCGGACUAGGACAUUCUUCUAUCGUCCGUGAACAACUUUUGCACGACCGAACGAUAUCCAAAUUCCUCGAGAGCAAGACCGGUAACCCUCAAGACGUAGAAGAGAAUACGAGGUGGGCUCUGUUGGUUGCAGGAUCGCGCGAUUAUGAAAAUUACAGACAUCAGGUUCAGGACCGAACGAUAUCCAAAUUCCUGUUGGUUGCAGGAUCGCGCGAUUAUGAAAAUUACAGACAUCAGGUUCAGGACCGAACGAUAUCCAAAUUCCUCGAGAGCAAGACCGGUAACCCUCAAGACGUAGAAGAGGGCAUCGUAUGCCAUGCCUUUCAAAUUCUAAAGAAAGGCGGACUGAAAGAAGAGAACAUCAUAGUAUUCAUGUACGAUGACAUAGCAUCUGAUGCAGACAAUCCUAGGCCGGGCGUUAUCGUUAACAGCCCAAACGGUGAAAACAUCUAUGAGGGAGUCCCAAAGGAUUAUACAAGAAAGGAUGUCAAUGUACAAAACCUAUUUGCAGUAAUACUAGGUAAUAAAAGUGCUCUAACCGGAGAAAGUGGGAAGGUCGUGGAUAGUGGUCCAAAAGAUCACAUUUUCAUAUAUUAUACUGAUCAUGGAGGUCCCGGUUUGGUUGCAAAUGCGACUGAGGACAGCUUCGCAACGUACUGUCCUGAUGACUUUCCGUACAUUUCCCAAACAUACGACGUGUGUCUUGGUGAUGUGUACAGCUUCUCCUGGAUUGAAGACAGUGAAAAACACGAUUUACGGUCGGAAACUCUGGGCCAGCAGCUUCAUGUGAAGGAGGACAGCAAUAGAAAAUGCAGAAGGCAGUUCCCACGUUAUGGAAUACGGGAGCUCAGCUCUCAGAGGGGAGUUUUAGAUACUUUUAUGGGAAGCAAUUCACUGAACAAUAAUUACACUCGGAACAAACACAGUCUUAACAAUCCAUCAGCAGUCAAAGCAGUAAACCAGAGGGAAGCUGACCUCCUCCAUUACCAGGAAAAGCUCCGUAGAACCCCGAAAGAUUCUACAAAGUGGCACAAAGCCCGGAAGCAGUUGCUCGACAAGAUCACGAGCAGGAGGCUUGUAGAUCAUAAGAUGAAGCAAAUAAGCAGACUUCUUUUUGGAGCCAAACGUAUUAACGUGUUGCACACCGUUCGACUCGGUGGACAGCCGCUUGUUGAUGACUGGAGCUGCCUCAAGACAUUUGUGAAAAUAUAUGAGGAACACUGUGGACCCCUCACGAGGUACGGAAUGAAAUAUACACGGGGGAUCGCUAAUAUGUGUAAUGAAAAGAUUUCAGCCGAGCAGAUGAAAACAGCGGCAGCAAAAAUCUGCAAAUAA